CUCCCUCCACCCGCCCACUGCCAUUCUCCCCGCAAUCCGCCCACCACAGGCGCCCUCUGCACGGCGCCAUGCCCUUCCACACGCACCACCACCAGAAUGCGCAGAACACGCCCGCGGCCGGCAUCUACCAGGCCGCGCAGGCGUUGGGCUCCAUCGGCGCGCCGACGGGCAACCUGCGCGUAGCGACAUCAGGCACGACCAGCGCCGGCACCGACGCCCUCUUGCCCGGCAGCGGGAACGCGCCGGGCCUGCAGUCUCCGGGCGGAGUGCUCCCGGGCGGACAUACGGCGCCGCCGCUGUCGAACAGCUCCUUCGAGACGCCGCGCCGCGUGCCGACCUUGGGCAGGACGCCGGAAGAGCUGCAUAUAUCGACCACCAUGGGCCAGCACGUCCCUUCGCAGCCGCCAGCAUCGGCAUCGGGGCAGCAGCAGCAGCAGCAGCAGCAGCACAUGUACAACUCGCCGGAGCAGUACUCGGCCGGCUCAGCGCCCAAUAUCAAUCUGCACCAGGCGACUCCGCAGGGCUCCCAGUUCAGCAGCACGCCUGCGAGUACCAACGUCCCGGGCAGCCUGCAGCCCGGCAGCAACGCCCAACAGCAGCGGCCUGGCCCUUCCACCGCGUACACAGCGCCGUCGACCGUUCCUACCAUGCCCCAGAUCAACACCAACGCCCAGCAGUACACGCUCCCCACGCGCUCCAACACCAUGAACCAGCCCCCGCAUUCCUCCUCGCAUACCUAUUCACGAUCGAGCCCCGCCGGCUUGGGGCCCGACCAAAAGUACAUUCCCUUCUCCCACACCCCCGAACAAUCCAAGUACACCGCCGGCACGCCUGCCCAGAAAUACUAUCCCUCGACUCCUUCUGGCGCAGCCUCCAAUUCCCCCCUGGGCCUGGCCGACAUCAGGCCGCGCGCAAACUCGAACAUGGCCGAGGAUGCCAUGGCCGCGGGGACACUGUUUACCGACAGCGACCGGGUGCCCACCAACAGCAAUUACCUGGCGCCGUGGGGAGUGUAUGCCUUUGAUUGGUGCAAAUGGCACGUCCAUGGCGGAAACAGUGCUGGGAAGAUGGCGGUUGGAAGCUACCUAGAAGACACACAUAAUUUUAUCCAAAUCCUCGACACCCAGAUUGUCUCGCAAGACGUCUCUUCGCCCGCAGCACCGCAGUACGGCCUUGAGUACACGCGCGUCGCCGAAGCCACCUGCUCCUACCCCGUUACCCGAAUAUUGUGGGAACCUCCGUCCUCCCAGAAACAAUCUACCGAUCUCCUUGCCACUUCUGGCGACCACCUACGGUUAUGGUCUCUUCCCCAGCCAACGGGCGCUCCUGCGAGCAACACAAUAACACGAUCAUCCUCUGUCAAUACUCGGGAUCCGCCGCCUCAGAAGCUGACCCCGCUUGCCCUCCUCUCCAAUUCCAAAACUCCCGAACAUACGGCACCCCUAACGUCGCUCGACUGGAACACCAUGUCUCCAAAGCUUAUAAUCACCUCCAGCAUAGACACCACCUGCACGAUAUGGGACAUACCAACCUUAACUGCCAAGACGCAGCUAAUAGCGCACGACAAGGAGGUGUUUGACGUGCGAUUCUGUGCGGGAAGCGUGGAUGUCUUUGUCAGCUGUGGAGCAGAUGGCAGCGUCCGAAUGUUCGAUCUUCGAAGCUUGGAGCACAGUACCAUUAUAUACGAGCCUUCCGAAAAACCGCACAGCAGCACGUCCGACAAAGGCAGGAGCACUUCUCAAAGCGCGUCGUUUCUCUUUGCUGACAAGGUCGCAACAGGCUCACCUGGUCGCAUGUCGCCUACAAAAGCCCAACAAACCAUGUCCUACGCCCCGCCCCUGCUCCGCCUAGCUGCGUCACCUCAUGACUCCCAUCUCCUCGCCACGUUCGCCGCAGACUCCAAUCUCAUCCGCAUUCUAGAUGUCCGACAGCCUGGCCAAGCCCUUCUCGAGCUCCGCGGUCACUCUGCGCCUCUAAAUUCGAUAGAGUGGAACCCCUCGCGAAGAGGCAUGCUCGCUUCCGGUGCCGACGACUCCCUCGUCCUCGUCUGGGAUCUACUCCACUCGCACAACGGCGCCGUAAUAAACGGUGACCACGGGACACAACCUCCUACACCGGCCAGUGCUCACCCGACCAACGGUGGCUCAGGGCAACAGACUGGAGGCACAAUGGGCCAGAAGGGACCAUAUGCGAGCUGGAGAUGCGAAUACGAGGUCGGGAACCUCAGCUGGGCGCCGCAGAGUGCUCUAACUGGGCAAGGCGGGGAGUGGGUUGGUGUCUGUGGCGGGAGAGGCAUUUGGGGUGUCAAGCUAUGA